CUUUAUUUUUUGCAGAUCGUCGAUUGGAACCGAGCUUCGUGAAUAUCUGCAGUUUCCACACAUACAACCGGAGCAAACUCUCCCAACUUACAGUGGCGGUUGUCUUUCGACUGGUUAGGGAUUGCCAAUCUCGGGAAGCCGCGUUCAUCAUACUGUCACAUAGGUACAGGCAUUCGUGCAUCAUCAUGCGAUUGAAUUAAGAGCGCCCUCUCAUCAAUCUUCAAAGUUCCGAAUUCUCUCAGGCUACGUUAUUGGAUCCUGCCUCAUCGAUUAUCACGAAAGCAAAAAUAGUGUACUUCUUGUCAGGCUCCCUUGUAGUCGAGGUAGGUACUUUACACUCCGGCAUCAUGGCCAAGCUCUGGGGCACGUCCAACGAUGAGGCGAAUGGAGGCUCUGCCGAGUCGCCGCGUAACUCGCAAGAGCACGAACGGGCGCCGAAUGAACACACCCAUCUACUCCCCGACCGAGCUGAGAGCGCUCGCGCAACGUAUUUAAGCCCCGAUGACCCAGCUGUGACGCCGUACAAUUUGUGGAGUGUCCGCAUUGUACGAUGGCUGACCAUAUUACUCACCUUGAUAACCUUCUUCUGGUGGGUGAUCCAGCUCGUGUCGAUGUUCGUCACGCCACCCGGAUUUCACACUCGAGGUUCUGGAUUCUUCGCUUUUAGCUAUGCGUUUAUCACGCUUUCGAACUUGCUGUUCACUUUGAUCUUUUUCGCUAUUCCAUCGAAGGUGGUGCGCAUAUUGAGUGUGGUCAUGGGGUUUCUUCUGCUUGUGGAUGCGGUGUUGCUGUUAUCGGUGGAAAAGACGAGACAUGAGGAGGGAUGGGUUGGCAUGGUUAGCGUAUUGUGGGCGUUCGUUAUGUCCAUAUGGGUCUUGGCCACUGAUCGAUUGGUACUCUGGGGAAAGGCUGAGGAGGAAGAGAGACUGACAGGCCGGACCGAGACCCGACGAACUAUUGGCGAAUGGAGUGCUGUUCUGAUCUCAACCCUUGCACUGGUGGCACUCAACAUAGUCGUCAUCUUGGUCACCCUCACUCUCAUUCUUCGAGCUCUGGACGCUGGCCUGGCACCACCGGGGCAUAUGUACUGGGUGGACGGAGACAAGUACAUGAUGCAUGUGUACUGCCGUGGUAACAGCACCGAUCUGAAGGGUAACAAACUACCAACAGUACUAUUUGAGGGAGGCGAAGGAAACGUAGAGAAUGGUUUAUGGCAGUUUGCCGACAGUGCGCUCAAGAACCACUCUAUUAGUCGUUAUUGCUUUGUCGAUCGACCAGGGAUGGCUUGGAGCGAUACCGCGCCGUCUCCCCUAUCUGCGGGCAUGGCGGUUGAGGUGAUCAGCGAAGCUCUAACCAAGGCAGGAGAAGACGGGCCGUGGGUAUUGAUGAGCGCUGGCAUUGGAUCCAUCUACUCUCGCAUAUUCUCUGCACGCCACGGAGGGCAGAUCAAAGGCAUACUGCUUGUAGAUCCACUGCACGAGGACCUGCUUGGUCGUGUUGGUGCGCCAGGCCGUGGCUUCAGUUUGUGGAUGCGCGGCGUUAUAUCACCCCUUGGGCUCGACCGCAUUCCAGGCGCUCUCUUUAAGGGUCGAACCAAAGAAGACCGAGUCUGGGGACAAUAUGCCUACCAAACCGGCAAGUACAUAUUUUCAAAGUUGCAGGAGAACCUCGUGGCUGAGUCACUCUCCAAACGGGACGUGGCAAGCAGCAGAACCAUCCAAUAUCCCGAUACGCCCUUGACCGUCAUCAGUUCGGGUGUCGAGGUCCGGAAAGACGGAGAAUGGGAGAAGAAGCAGAGAGAUCUCACGCAUCUGACCCGCAAGCUUCAAUACUGGGAUGUUGUUGCUGGAGCGCCCCAUCAGGUGUGGGAUACACUGGAGGGGCAGCAGAUGAUCGAGAGGAGGCUGAAUCAGCUGGUAUACUAUAAGAAAUGAAGGACAGGUUUUGCGUCCACAAUGGCAAAUGGCGUACACGGGAAAUGAACAAAAUUGACAGGAACAAAAACAACGGUGUCGGGAUGUCGACUUAAUGGGAAGGUAGUGUCUGGGCUCCUUAACAUAGCAUACCACAGCACAUGUGGUAAAUUUGUGCAUUGUCUGCGAUUGGAUAAGUAAACACGAAGCGCACAGGACAUGAUUACGUAACGGAAUAGACUUGGUAGCGAGUAUUAAUACAUAAAUACUUGAUAUCACA